ACAGUUCUUCGUGUGCUAACGUGGGUCAGCUACGCUGUGCCUUUUCCUUUACGAAAAUUAUUUAGGAUCGGCGGCCAAAAAUAGCGACACCAUGAAGAUCUCCUGCAGUAAAUCUAACCCGCCUCUAGGUGGUUUGCUCGCUGUAGAGCUGUACCGGGCUGCCGGGAAGAGCAUCGAGGUAUCAUGGGGAGCUGACUCCACCGUUACCCUGCCCAAUGGGUCUAAAACCGUGCCAUAUGGAACUAGUAAUGAUUUGAUAAGAAUACUAGAGAACGCUUUUAACAAAGCCGCCGGGCCGCUCCAAAAGGUCACAAUGAACCACUGGCUGUCGUUCAGCCUCAUCUUGGACGACGAGAUCCCGAAAUCAAUUGAGUAUCUGGAUAAAACUUUGGGGGCAUUGACAUAUCUAGUAGGAGAGGCCUUAUCAGUCAGUGAUUUGGCUGUGUUUAGUGUGCUUCACGUAUCCAGCAAGUUUAAGGAGAUCUCCAAAUCUGGUGCCCCGGCCAACAUUCUGCGCUGGAUGAAGCUGAUCCAGGCCCAGCCGCCCGUGGCUAAAGCCCUGAAAGAACUGCCUGCCGACGCCCUGGAGAAUCUCUCCAAGGCUUCUUCUAGGAGGUCACCACCAGCUGCCGAUGCCUCGGGCCCCAAGCAAGAGGGCAAGUUUGUGGAGCUGCCCCACGCCGAGAUGGGGAAGGUCGUCGUUCGAUUCCCACCUGAAGCAUCAGGUUACCUGCACAUCGGGCACGCGAAAGCUGCGCUGCUGAACCAGUAUUACCAGCAAGCGUUCGAGGGUAAACUUGUAAUGAGAUUUGACGACACCAACCCCGCUAAGGAGAACGUCGAAUUUGAGAAGGUGAUCCUCGAAGACGUAGAGAUGCUGGAAAUCAAGCCGGACCUCUUCACUCACACGUCCCAAUACUUCGACCUAAUGCUCCAAUACUGCGAGAAGCUGAUCAAGGAGGGCAAGGCGUUCGUAGAUGAUACUCCGGCUGAGCAGAUGAAGAACGAGAGAGAACAGAAGGUUGACAGCAAAAAUAGGAACAACUCGGUGGAAAAGAACAUGCAGCUCUGGGAAGAAAUGAAGAAAGGAUCUUCCACCGGCGUUCAGUGCUGCGUCCGAGCUAAGAUCGACAUGCAGUCAGCCAACGGGUGCAUGCGAGACCCCACCAUCUACCGCUGCAAGCCUGAGCCACACCCCCGGACCGGCACGCAGUACAAGGUGUACCCAACAUACGACUUCGCGUGCCCCAUAGUGGACGCCGUAGAAGGCGUCACGCACGUCCUCCGCACGAUGGAGUACCACGACCGGGACCCGCAGUUCUACUGGUUCAUCGACGCCCUGGGGUUGCGGAAACCUUACAUCUGGGAGUACAGCCGAUUGAGUAUGACCAACACGGUGCUGUCGAAGAGAAAACUGACCUGGUUCGUGGAGCAAGGACUCGUCGAUGGAUGGGACGACCCGCGCAUGCCGACGGUGCGCGGCGUGCUGCGCCGCGGGCUGGCCGUGGAGGCGCUGCGCCAGUUCAUCCGCGCGCAGGGCUCCAGCCGGUCCGUCGUCUUCAUGGAGUGGGACAAGAUCUGGGCCAUUAACAAGAAGGUCAUUGACCCCAUCGCCCCCCGCUACACCGCCCUGGAAACCAACCCGGUCCCCGUGAACCUUAAGGGCGUGAGCGCCGACGCCACCCUCACGGUGCCGCUGCACCCUAAGAACGCGGACGUAGGGUCCAAAGUCGUGUGGGUCUCGAGGAGGCUGCUGGUCGACCAGGUGGACGCGAGGACGUUGAAAGAGGGCGAGAAUGCAACGUUCAUUAAUUAUGGGAAUGUUAUGAUUGAUAAGAUUCACAAAUCUCCUGACGGCACAGUAUCCAGCAUCGACGCAACCCCCAACCUGGACAACAAGGACUACAAGAAGACCCUCAAACUGACCUGGCUGGCCGACACGCCUCGGUCACCCCCCCUCGAAGUGUACUGCGUGUACUUCGACCAUAUCAUAUCCAAGGCUGUGCUAGGAAAGGAUGAAGAUUUCAAGCAGUAUAUUGGACAUCAGACUAGGUGGGAAAUCCCCAUGAUCGGUGAGCCGGAGCUGGCCAAGCUGAAGGUCGGUGACAUCAUCCAGCUGCAGCGGCGGGGCUUCUUCCGCGUGGACGCCGCGCCGGCGCCGCCCUCCGCGCACACGCAGCGCGCCGCGCCGCUCGUGCUGCUGCACGUGCCCGACGGACACAGCAAGGAGAUGCCCGGACAGCCUAAACCAGUGCAAUCAACUCAAGCCAAGCAGCUCGCUGCAAACGACUCUGCCAAGUUGAGUGACGAGGUCGCCAAGCAGGGUGACCUGGUGCGAUCGCUGAAGGCUGCCAAGGCUGAUAAGGCUAAGGUCGACGCGGCUGUCAAGGCGCUGCUUGACCUUAAGGCCAAGUACAAAGCUGCUACUGGUCAGGACUGGAAGCCGGGCGCUGCUCCUGCCGCGGCCCCUGCUGCAUCAGGCGACUCUUCUAAGUUGAGUGACGAGGUUGCCAAGCAAGGCGACCUCGUGCGUUCUCUCAAGGCCGCCAAGGCAGACAAGGCCAAGGUUGAUGAGGCGGUCAAGACCCUGCUUGACCUUAAGGCCAAGUACAAAGCAGCAACUGGGCAGGAAUGGAAGCCCGGCGCAACCGCUCCUGCACCCGCCCCGGCAUCAUCAGGCGACGCGGCCAAGUUAAGCGACGACGUUGCCAAACAGGGCGACCUCGUGCGCUCUCUCAAGACCGCCAAGGCUGACAAGGCUAAGGUUGAUGAAGCGGUCAAGACGCUGCUUGACCUUAAGGCCAAGUACAAGGCAGUUACUGGUCAGGAAUGGAAACCAGGCGCAGCCCCAGCGCCAGCUGCCGCACCAUCCAACGAUGCUGCUACAUUGAGUGAAGCCGUCGCCAAGCAGGGUGACCUUGUCCGUUCGCUGAAGGCCGCCAAGGCCGAGAAGGCCAAGAUUGACGAGGCUGUCAAGACUCUGCUUGACCUUAAGGCCAAGUACAAGGCUGCUACUGGACAGGACUGGAAGCCCGGAGCAGCCCCCGCCCCCGUCAAGACCGAAGCUCCAGCACCAGGAUCAGGGUCAGAAGUAGCAACAGUGCUGCAGCAGAUAGCUACGCAGGGAGACAAGAUACGGAAGCUCAAGGCAGACAAAGUUGAGAAGACCGUCAUAGAUACUGAGGUGAAGAAUCUCCUGAACCUGAAGGAGCAGUACAAGUCCAUAACCGGCACCGCGUGGACGCCUGACGCGGCCCCGCGCGCCGCCGCCCCCGCAGCUCACCCUCAAACUGAGGCAACUGCCACAAUGAACGGGGACGCGAAAGCCGCCGCACUCGCGGCAGAAGUCGCAAAACAGGGCGACGCUGUACGAGACCUCAAAGCUAAGAAGGCUGAUAAGGCCACGAUAGACGCAGAAGUAAAGAAACUUCUAGAGCUAAAAGCCAAGUACCAGGCCGAGACGGGAACGGCGUACGUCGCUCCGGCUGCGCCGCGCGAAUCCAAACCUAAAGAAAAGAAGGAAAAUAAGCCUAAGGAGAAGAAAGAAAAGCCGAAAGAACAGUCACCAAAGCCCGCCAAGGAGGAAUCCGCGAGCGGCGUGAAAAAAGUGACUCGGCUGGGACUCGAAGCCAGCAAAGACACCGACCUGUCCGAGUGGUACUCGCAAGUCAUCACUAAAUCGGAAAUGAUCGAGUACUACGACAUAUCGGGCUGCUACAUCUUCCGGCCGUGGUCCUACAGCAUCUGGGAGGUUAUCCGCGAGUUCCUCUCCACCAACUUCAAGAAGCUCGGCGUCAAGGAUUGCUACUUCCCCAUCUUUGUCUCCAAGGCGGCCCUCGAACGCGAGAAGACCCACAUAGCCGACUUCGCCCCCGAGGUGGCGUGGGUCACGCACUCGGGCUCGUCGGAGCUGGCCGAGCACAUCGCCGUGCGCCCCACCUCCGAGACCGUCAUGUACCCCGCGUACGCCAAGUGGCUCCAGACUUACAGGGACUUGCCCAUCAAGCUUAACCAGUGGAACAACGUUGUGCGUUGGGAGUUCAAGCAGCCGCAGCCGUUCCUGCGUACCCGCGAGUUCCUCUGGCAGGAGGGCCACACCGCGUACCGCACGGCCGAGGAGGCGGGCGAGGAGGUGCUCAAGAUACUCGAUCUGUACGCGCGCGUGUACGAAGAGUUCCUAGCCAUCCCUGUCAUCAAGGGCCGGAAGACAGAGAAGGAAAAGUUUGCGGGCGGAGAUUACACUACCACGGUAGAGGCUUAUGUGCCAGCUAGCGGCCGUGGCAUUCAGGGCGCGACGAGUCACCACUUGGGUCAGAACUUCUCAAAAAUGUUCGAAAUCGUAUAUGACGACCCGGACACACAGGAGAAGAAAUACGUCUUCCAGAACUCGUGGGGUCUCACCACUAGGACUAUUGGUGUAAUGAUCCUGGUCCACGGUGACGACCGCGGUCUGGUGCUGCCUCCCCGUGUAGCCGACAUCCAAGUAAUCGUGGUGCCUUGCGGCAUCACAGCCAGCACCAGUAACGAGGAUCGUCAGAAGCUGAUGGACGAGUGUAGCAAACUGGUUGGAGAGCUGGUGGCCGCUGGUAUCAAGUCUGAGGGCGAUUUCAGGGAUAACUAUUCGCCAGGAUGGAAGUUCAACCAUUGGGAGCUCAAGGGUGUUCCAGUCCGCGUGGAGCUAGGACCCAAAGACCUGGCCAAGGGUGAGCUGGUAGCGGUCCGAAGGCUCACGGGAGAGAAGCUGACGUUCAAACGAGCUACGGCUCCUAAGGAUCUAACCGAUCUGCUUGAGAGGACGCACCAUGAAAUGUUGGCCAAGGCCACGAAGGAGCGCGACGAGCGGCUGUCGGCGGUGAGCAGGUGGGAGGACUUCACGGCGGCGCUCGACCACAAGCACCUCCUGCUCGCGCCCUUCUGCGGGGACACGCCCUGCGAGGACAACAUCAAGAACGACAGCGCCAGAACGGAUGACGAUUCAACAACGGACGUGAAGGCCCCCGCCAUGGGCGCCAAGUCUCUCUGCAUCCCGUUCGCGCAGCCGCGCCCGCUGACCGCCGCCGACCGCUGCAUUCACCCGGCGUGCAACAACAAGCCCAAGAUGAUCACGCUCUUCGGACGUAGCUACUAACCAAUAAGCAUCUCUGUGCUAAGUUCAAGUUUUAUAUUCAGUUAAUAAAUUAUUGACAAUAUUA